CUUCCACCUUUUUGGAUAUAAAAACAGACCGCAUCUCAUAAGGUGAUCAGUUUGCAUUGAAACGUGACCAAAAAUGGGCGAAUUAUAUCGGGUGCUGUUUACAGUAUUUACUUUAGUGGUAAUCUCACCACAAAAUGGGUGUGAUCCACUGUUCUAUUAUAUUCCUCGUCCAGCACUAUCGUCAUCAGCUAGUGGAUCAACAUCAUCCGCUUCUAGCCCAGUUCAGAAUUCCAACGUUUCGAUAGCGUUGGGAAAUCGUAUCAACACCGACACCGCCUUGGACGACUACGGUACCAAUGUUGACGGACUGACGGUCAAUGUCGUCCGACGUCGUCGUCGUCGCGAUAUUUGGAGCAUUCCCUCGAUUCUUGGUUCGAGCAUCCAGAAUGGAUCAUACAUUGCGAUCGACAACCAGAUCUUCCCAUUGCCGGACAAUCUAUCCAAUGUGUCGCUCAACAUUGGUUCUCUACCAUAUUCUCAGCAGAUCCUCAACAUGUCACAAUCUUCGUUUAUUCCAACUAUACCGGAGAAUUAUACGAAUGCUUUCCAAUCGCUGGUGACCCGAUUUCAAACGCUACCACUCAAUGUUAUGGACAACAUCGUCCGAUUGCUCUCGACCGGCUAUCAGAACACAUUCGGCCGUCUGUUUCUCGAACGCAGCUUUGAACGCCUUAACCAAACGCUCGAAUAUGGCCGAACAGAAGUACGCAACGGACUCAACAAUCUUGUAAACCAAACUGGACAAGGAUUUGAACAGAUCAUAGCGAGAUUCAACGAUUCAUCAUCAGCUGUUCAACGGUGUAUUGGUAACAAUUUGAACCCAACGAACGUGGCUAGAUCCGUUGUGGACAAGGGUUACAACUGCGUCAAUCGUAAGUGGCAGGAGCUGAACGAGCUGGCAGGAAACAUUGGUGAAGACAUCGUCGCUGCGGAUAAAGGUGCCACCGAGUUUUUGGCUAAUCUAACUACCUGCAAUGGCGCGAACUUUAAUGGUACCGAUAACAUGUCGACAUUACGCCGUCAGUGUUACGUGCGCACUAUUGUCUCCUUUCCCCAACCCCUUCUCUUCUUGCCAGUUUCGCUAGCAAUAGAUAGUACGAAGCUGUACGCUUCUGUGUCCGGACUGGAGGCAGACAUAGGGGCAUGUGCUGCUGAGGUUGCUCUCGAGAUCGGUAUGACCACCGCACAAAUCGGUACGAAGUUUGUACUGUGUCAAAUAUUCUCCUAAACUCCGACGAACGGAGAAAUCUGAAUAAAUUACAACGCUUCAAAACAGUUUUUGCCAUUGAA